AGCUUUUUCUGUAAUCAAUACGGAAAAGGAGCAAUGUUUUUUCUAUUAUUUGAUUAAACUUUAAAGCAAUUUUUAUGUUUUAUCGUCUUUAGUCUUCGUUGGUCGUAAGUACGAAUGCAAAUUUCUGUUCUCGUUGUGCAUAUGCACGUUUUUCCCACCAAGAGCACCAGAGAAAAAAUGUGUCUAUAGUUCGGCUGCUGUCAGCUAGAGGCUCGUAUUCUUAGUGCGCAUUUUUUAACAUUGCAUCUGUGAUCUCGCUAUUCAUCUCUGAUCAUUCUAAUACAUACAUAUGUACAUAUCAAUGGAUUGUAUUAUUAAUCAUCGUAAUAUUUAUAUUAACGUAAUCAUUAAAAAAUGCAUCAGUGUUAAUCGUUAGAAAUAUAGUUGUUGAGUGGGUGUAAAGCGAAUACGCCUAUCAUAAAUAAUGAUAGAAAAAUGGAGUAAUAUUUGGGAAUAUAUAUAUAUAUAUAUAUGCAUUUCUAAACUCAACUACAUUUUGAUUGUAUAUAAUGUGGAAUUUUUUAUGUAGAUAUUUUUGUACAUUUUGGAUUAUCUAUUUACAUAUGUUGAUUUUAUUAAAAGUUUUUCUUAAGUAACAUAUGUGUAUAUCUAUAGACAAAGACAUAGAAUAUAAAUUUCUCAUAUAAAUUAUAAUUUAUUAUAAAUUUAUUAUAUCAUAUUGUUUAAUAUACAAUGUAUCUUAAUUAUAAAAAAGAUACAAAGCAUUGAUACUAUAUUUUAUAAAAAUGCAUUUUUCUAUACCAGAUACACAAGAAUUUAUUGAUGCAACUGAUAAUACAUAUGUGGGUUACAACAUUCAUAUAAAUGGAUUAUUUCAUUGUACUGUGAGAUAUAAACAACUACACAGUCUUCAUGAACAAUUGGCUAGAAAUUUAGAUAUCUCUCUCCCAGCAUUUCCCCCUAAAAAAUUUUUUCCUUUAACAACAAAUCAGCAAGAAGAGCGUCGUCUUUCUUUGGAAAAAUAUAUUCAAACAAUUGGACAAAAUCCAGUUGUUAAUAAUUCGGGAAUGUUAAAUGGAUUUUUAUUAAAUGCUCAGCAAGAAACUAUUGGAGGCCCAUCUAAUAAUGAAUUUAUGGACAUUUUUCUUAUGAAUGGUUGUAAAAUAACAAUAAAUGUUUCUACAGGGGAUCAUUCUGGUAGUGUUUUAGAGAAAGUAUACAAAAGCCUUAGACUACCUGAAGAAUAUUAUUCAUAUUUUGUAUUAUUUAUUGUUGCCCACGAUGAAGCAAAUAGUGUUCAUUUACUACGAAAAUUGCAAAACUUUGAGUCCCCAUUUAUAACUAUUAAACAUCUACACGUUAUAGGAAGUAAAGUUGUACUUGGAAAAAAUUAUUGGGAUGUGGGCUAUGAUUUGAAAAUAAUGGAUAAUGAGGUGGCAAUGAAUUUAUUAUAUAUUCAAGCAGUUGCAGAAAUUAAUUGGGGAUGGAUUCCCAUUACAGAUGAACUAAGAAAUAAGCUAAUAGUCUUAAAAAAGCAUGGAAAGAAAAAAGAAUAUCUGGACAUAGUACGUACUUCAAAGUAUUAUGGAUAUAUUCAGUUUGCUCCAUGUUUUUGUGACUAUCCUCAACCAGAUUCAAAAGUAUUAGUAGCCAUAGGUAGAAAUGAAUUAAAUUUGCGUAUAUUAAAUGAUGGAGAACAAUGCGAAGAAGUAUUUAAAGUCUCACGAAUGCGUUGUUGGCGUAUAACUACUUUGCAAAAUGGAUGUGAAAGGGGAGGAGAAGAAAGUGACGAGUUUAGUUUAGAAUUAUCGUUUGAAUAUUUAAUAGCUAAAAAUCAAUUACAAUGGGUUACAGUUACUUCAGAACAAGCUAUCUUAAUGUCUGUAUGCUUGCAAGCUAUGAUUGAUGAAUUAUUAUCAAAGACUGUUGAUAGUAAUAAUAAGGCUCAGGAGGUGUCUCAAAAAUCCUGGAUUUAUGUUAUGAGAAAUGGCCAGAGUAUUACAGUGGGAUCGAGCUCUAAUGAAGAAUCUGAAGAAAGUAAAAAGAAUCGUUGUAUUAAACAACCUUCUAAAUCAGAACCAAUUAUGAAGAAACUUGCUGACAGAUUAUCAGUAGUAAAAAUAAAAAAAUCUAGUGAUGUUAGAAGUAACAUAAGUAGCAAGGUUCAAGGAAAACAAACAUUGGAAUAUGAUAUGGAAAAUAAUGCAUUUCGCAUGAUCGAUGAUGACGACUUAUGAAUAUAUAAACUGGAACUGUGAAAUGAAAAAUAGAUUAGAAAUAUCUUGAAAAAUAUCAAAUUUUUAAAAUCAUAUUAA